AUGAGUACAGCUACUUUCGUAGAAAUCCUUCUGGCUAUCCUCUUGCCUCCUCUCGGCGUCUUUCUCAAAUUUGGCUUAAAGGUUGAGUUUUGGAUAUGUUUGAUAUUGACGCUGUUUGGUUAUCUUCCCGGGAUCCUUUACGCUCUUUAUAUCAUCACCAAGGACUGAUUUUCAUAUCUCAUCUGUUCUUUCCUCUCGGUCUCCUUGAGGAAACAGCUGUUCGUCGUCGUGAUCUCCCAUUGGGACUGCUUCAUCAUUUGUUUUAUCUGUUCUGAGUAAUUAAUUGUCAUUGUUGUAUUUGUAUUAUUAUAUACUUUAUGCUGAUAUAUAUGAAGAAGAAUUCGUUGGUUUA